AAACGAAUGGUCAAACGUUGGUCGAAAAGUCAACGGCGUCAUACAUUAAAAUACGGAGGGAGUAGUUUUUUUAAAUAUAAUGUGUGUAAUUAAAUUUGCCUCGAAAAAUAAUAUCAUAUUUAUUUAAUAUUAAAUACAUAAGGGUUCAAAAACUUAAUCAAAUCAUCAAAUUACGAUUUUAACGUCAAAUAUUUAUGACCGUAUUUUCUAAAAGGUCAGUAUUCUGUUUCGUCCAAAUUCAAUUAUUAAUAACUGGACUAUUUUUAGUCAAUAAUAUGAGAAGGACAAAAAGGGAAAAAAAAAAAAGAAAAACUCUCCUCUCGCAAGCGAAGCAAAGCAUUUCCCUCCAAAUCCGCUGCUUCCCUCCAUUUUGGCGCCACAAUCUCUCUCUCUCUCCUCCUCCUCCUCGCCGGAGAUGUCGUACCCCACGUUCCACGUCCACCCGCCGUUCCCGGUGUCGGCGAGGAAGAAGGAGGAUGACGGCGGCGGCGGCGGCGGCAAGAAGGAGGCGGCGGCCGCCGCGAUGAGGCGGCUGGCGGAGAUGGACCACCGCGCGGCAGCCGACGGCGGGAAGGUGGUGGCGGCCGUGGCCGUCGACGGCGACAGGGGCAGCCAGCACGCGCUCAAGUGGGCGGCCGACCACGUCCUCUCGCUCUCCCACCCCUUCUUCCUCCUCCACGUCCGCCGCAAGCACGCCUCCCUCCACUCCGCCGGGGGAAAGCAAUUCUCCCUAUUGCACGUGCAGGAUGAUGUUGCAGCUUCUUCUCCUGAUCAAAUGGAUCAUCACACCAAAGAUCUGCUGCUCCCAUUCCAGUGCUUCUGCAGCAGACGAGGGUUACAAUGCAGGGAAACCAUUCUUGAUGGAACUGAUGUGUGGAAAGUUAUUAUAGAUUUUGUCCUUGACCAUAAAGUUGACAAAUUAGUACUGGGGGCAUCAUCUAGGAAUGCAUUUACAAGGACAAUAUGGAAGUUGGAUGUGCCAACAUGUGUCACAAAAUCUGCACCAAAUUUCUGUUCAGUGUAUGUUAUAUCCAAAGGGAAACUAUCUUCAUUCAGGCUUGCCACCCAUGCAAAUGCAAAUGAUACCAGCAAAGAAGAGCUGGAGAAUAUAUCUGAAAAUCGGCCGCUAAUUGCAAAAAGUGAACCAGCACCAAUAAUACAUAUUGAAGGGCAAAAUUCAUCUAGUGCACUUUGUCCUGGCUGCAACCCUUUAUCUCCAAACCUGAGUGAAGAAUGUACUGAAUCAACUUCUAAAUACUACCCAGAAGAUUUGGAGGCUGAAAUAAGGAAGUUAAAGCUUGAGCUGAAACAGAAAAAUGACGAUAUGCACAUGUGGAACAAGUUACCUCUUGGGAUCGGAGACAGGAGUGAAAACUCAAAUGCAAGUGUUGAACAUGAGGAUGAACAUUUACAAGAAUUCACGACAUGUUCAACCCAUUCCUACAGUGAGAGACCAAAUGCAGAACCGAGUUCCGCAGUUCGUGGCCCAAAGCAUAAGCUCUUGAAACUCGAAACUUCCUCUUCUGAUCAAUGCAGAGAGAGAACCAUACAGGAAUUUAAAGACCAUAGUUCCCAGGAUACGGUGCAUCCGAUCUUAAGACGUUUGCCGCCCAAAUUUUACUCGCCUAGAAAUGAUUCUAAGCAUGGAUGUGCUUCUGAAAAGGCUUACAACCUUGAACUGAAGUGUAAAUCUUUGCCAAGGCCAAUUGAGACGAAAAGACUACUGGAGGGUCUUCCAACUAGAUUCCAAUGCAAAAUAUACACAACAGAAGAGGUUGCAAAUGCCACCGAUCAUUUCUCACCGGAACUGAAGGUAGGGGAAGGAGGUUAUGGACCAGUCUAUAAAGCUACACUUGACAAUACUCUUGUUGCUGCCAAGAUUCUCCAUUCUAACAUAACUCAAGGACUGAAACAGUUUCAACAGGAGGUUGAGUUGUUGAACAACAUUCGCCACCCGAAUAUGGUGCAUCUGUUGGGUGCUUGCCCUGAGUAUGGCUGUCUGGUGUAUGAAUACAUGCCGAAUGGCAGCCUCGAGGACCGUCUCUUCUGCCGGUCAGGCACCCCACCGCUGCCAUGGCAGCUCCGUUUCAAGAUGGCAGUGGAGAUAGCCACUGGCUUGCUCUAUCUACACAAGAUGAAACCUGAAGCCUUUGUCCACCGUGAUCUCAAGCCUGGAAACAUCCUCCUUGACAAAGAUUUCGUUAGCAAGAUCAGCGAUGUCGGCCUCGCUCGCAUCAUUCCCCGGUCGAUGGAUGAGACGGUCACGCAGUACCGGAUGACAGAUGCUGCAGGGACCUUCUGCUACAUCGAUCCUGAGUACCAGAAGACUGGAUUGGUCACCACGAAAUCCGAUGUUUAUGCGCUCGGCAUCAUCUAUCUUCAGAUGAUCACUGCAAAAGAUGCAAUGGGGCUUGCUUACAUGGUCUCUGAUGCACUGGAGGAAGGAACAUUUGAGGGGCUCUUGGAUCCUAAUGUCACCGGCUGGCCUGUGCAGGAAGCUCAGAAGUUUGCUGAGCUUUCACUGAAAUGCUGUGAACUCCGGCACAGAGACCGUCCUGACUUGGAAUCCGUCGUGCUCCCUGAGCUGAUCCGUCUUCACACAUUCGUUGCAUCAUCUGGAGAUAAUUCUUCCAUCGACCAAGGCCACCAGCGUUCAGUCAGCGACAAGGAGUUGGCUCUGGAAAAUGACUUGGCCGAGAUUCUGAACGAUGGGCUAGUGAAGGGGGCGUCAUUUGCAGCAUAAAAGUGCAAGGGGCCAGUAGAUGUUAUUCUGUCAAAGAUACUGGAAUCUGCAGUAGUUUUGAUUUUGCUGUAAAUACUACCCUAGCCCAGAAAUUUUUGAAUAAUUAGAUCAUUUGGGAAACGUGUACUAACAACAACCUGUAAAUUGAACACAAUCUAUAGCUCUCAUCUGGUAGCACUGUUCACUUC